CUGCAUUACGGGACCCUGCUGGGCAGCAGAGCUUGUGCCACCAUGGCAGCAGCUGCCUGGGGCACUGGGCUUCUCUAUGCUCUGCUGCACACUGCCAAUACAUUUUCCCUGCCUCUGUGCCAAGGCAAUGCUGUGGAUCAGUUCUUCUGUGAAAUCCCCCACAUCCUCAAGCUCUCCUGCUCAGAAUCAGAAUUUCUAAGGGAACUUGGACUCCUCAGUACUAGUGCCUUUAUUGGUGUUGGGUGUUUUGUCUUCAUUGUUGUGUCCUAUGUGCAGAUGUUCAGGGCCGUUCUGAGGAUGCCCUCUGAGCAGGGAUGGCACAAAGCCUUCUCCACGUGCCUCCCUCACCUGGCCGUGAUCUCCCUCUUAGUCAGCACCGUAGUGUUUGCCUACCUGAAGCCAUCCGCUAUUUCCUCCCAAUCCCUGGACCUCAUGGUGUCAUUUCUGUACACAGUGGUUCCUCCAACAGUGAACCCCCUCACCUACAGCAUGAGGAACCAGAAGCUCAAGGAUGCUCUGUGGAAACUGAUGAGCAGUUGUAUUUUGAAAAAAAAGAACUGCCCAUCUUUACCUGUACUUGUCUUGUAA